UUUCUUGUUAUCGUCGGCCAUGGCUUCCUCGCUUGAAAAUGAGGUUCAUCUCCCUCUUAUUGACAUUUCCCAGUUUCAGAUGGAAUUAGAAAGAGGAGGAUCAAACAAGCUACAAAACCAUUACAGCGUCGCAACAGUCAGGGAAGCUUGUAAGGAAUGGGGAAUGUUCCGUCUUGUAAACCACGGUAUUCCACAAAAUCUGCUACAACAUGUUGAGGCUGUUUCUCGUCAGUUAUUUUCCCUGCCACAAGAAACUAAAGAACGAGUCGCUGCAUCUUACAUAAAGAAUGGAUAUACUAAGUUUGAUACGAACGAGAACUUUUCCUUCAAUGACUUGCCCGAUUCGAAUUCAGUGCUGGAGGUCUGUAAAAGGAUAUGGCCGCUGCCCGGCGAGGAAACGGCAACAUUAUGCUGCGAGACCAUUGGAACAUAUGCUUCUGCCAUUUCAGAUCUCGCUCAAACGACCAACAAAAUCAUUCUUGCUAGCUUGGGUUUGGACGUGGAUAGAUUCUACCGUUCUGAUUUCGAAAAAAACACAGGUAACUUGUUUAUAAAGCACUACACAUGUGACGGAAGAAUAUCUUUAGAGGAGGAAGCUUUGCCUCCUCAUACGGAUGUAUGUUGCUUUACAAUCCUUUACCAGGCCGAUGAAGGAGGACUCCAGAUUAGAUCGAAGGAAGGGAAAUGGUUGAAUGUGAAGCCUUUACCCAAUUCAUUUGUUGUCUUCAUUGCCGACUCUCUUAAGGUAUGGAGCAAUGGCAGGUACCACAGCCCAGAUCAUCGGGUUGUUUACAGUGGAUGGAAGGAUCGAAUAUCACUCGCCCUUUUCAUUAGCUUUCCUAAUGAGAAGGAAAUAUGGGCUCCAGCGGAGUUUGUGGAUGACGAUCACAAGCGGCUGUACAGGCCUUUCACUUUUUCCCAGUUACUAGAGGAAUUUGUAAAGACUUGGGAGUCUACUGAACCAAAAUCUAUAUUUAUUGAUCGAUUUGCUCGUAUCUAAGGCGGUUGUUCGUGGCGGACUCGGGCAUUUAGAAACCUUGUUAUGGAAGCAUUUAAAUAAGUGGUGAAAAAGCAAUGUAGAUUAAAUAAUUAAAUGGCUGGACAAACUCAUCAGUUCAAGUAAAUCAUUUAUUUCUAGUAGUAAUACAGCAAUACCAAUAUGGUAAUUAAACUUACAAUUACUUAUGU